UUGUGUAGUCUAUUUGUGUGUGUAUGUUGAACAUCUCUCAUUACCCGAUGCUGUAUUUAACAAGGUGUUUUCCUGCGUCUCCAGGUCCAGUUGUAUUUACGGUACAUGUUGUCUCUGGGGGAGGAGUUACUCCAUUGGGUUCCUGCGGUUUUGUAAGCAGGCCACGCUACAGUUCUGUGUGGUCAAACCCCUCAUGGCCAUGGUCACAGUCAUCCUACAGGCCUUUGGAAAGUACCGCGACGGAGACUUCAAUGUGAACAGUGGGUACCUGUAUGUGUCCAUCGUCUACAACAUCUCUGUCAGCCUGUCUCUCUACGCCCUCUUUCUUUUCUAUUUCUCCACCCGGGACCUGCUCAGCCCCUACAGCCCCCUGCUGAAGUUCUUCAUGGUCAAAUCUGUCAUCUUCCUCUCCUUCUGGCAGGGCAUGUUGCUGGCCAUCCUAGAGAAGUGUGGGGCCAUCCCCAAAAUCAACUCACCCGAGGUGUCAGUGGGAGAGGGAACGGUUGCCGCCGGUUACCAGAACUUCAUCGUCUGCAUUGAGAUGUUCUUUGCCUCCCUGGCCCUGCGUCAUGCCUUCACAUACAGGAUCUACAUGGACAAGAGGCUGGACUCUCUCUCUCAGGGCCCAGUUCCUAUGUAUGGAGAGUCUGGUCGCUGUGCCCCAAUGAAGAGCAUCUCCAGCAGCCUGAAGGAGACGAUGAACCCUGGAGACAUGGUCCAGGAUGCUAUCCAUAACUUCUCCCCGGCCUACCAGCAGUACACCCAGCAGUCCACCCUGGAACAGGGUCACUCUGCCCCGCCUGUGUCCCGCACGCACAGCACCAUCAGCACCCGCGACAACGAGAAGACCCUGCUGCUCAGCUCGGAUGACGAGUUCUAAGUUAACACACACCGGCCCCAGCCAAUCACCUCUUUACUGACUGUUGGGGUGAGGUACUACCUCCUGGUCUUAUGGAGUAUUGGCAGGGGAUUUAAAGUGUGUUGUUUGGGGUUGGCAUCGACCUCAAUACAGGACCAUAUGACUUAGCCUGGUCCAUUCAAUAUCCUCUACUACACACAAUUCAGGACUUUACAGGAACUCUUCUCUUGGUAGAAUAUACGCUUAUUGGGAACAUGAUGUUAUGGUUGAAACAAUUGUCUAAAAAAACUUCAAUGGUUGGUUAUAUAGGAUUUAUAGGGAUUUUCUGAGAGAAUUAUACUUCACUUAUUAGAGAGACAUUUAUGGUUUGAAUAAAAGUGAUUUUAUCGUUACAAAGUGUGUCUGCUUGCUAGCUAACAUCCAAUGAAGAUGGCCCAUACUACUUUAUAUUAAAGUACUUUGGCUAUGGAUGGCAUUUUAUUUGUCGUUUUGGUUUAAAAUGUUCAGUUUUAAGACCAUUCUCCAUGGUGACAAUUUUGAAAGUUGAUUUGAAAGGGAUGGUGUGGGGGAGUGGUUUAGGGGAGAACCAGCUGUGUGGACUGGAGUAUGGGACAGGGACAGAUGAGAGAGGGGGAUGGAUGGGGGAGUGGUUUAGGGGAGAGCUAGCUGUGUGGACUGGAGUAUGGGACAGGGACAGAUGAGAGAGGGGGAUGGAUGGGG